GGAGGACACACCCAUGUUGAGUUCAAAGAUACCGUACCGUGGGGCGACCAUUUCAGUACUAGUACAUGCAAGGCAGAGAUCGAGAGGGGUAGGGAACGCAAUCAAGCUUCAAAAGGCAGAGAGUUUCUAGAUCUAGAGUUGAGACACUAUCAGAGAGAGAGCAGGAUGGCAAUGAAGGCAAGGGUUUUGUAUGACUUUGAUGGUGAUGAGGAGAACGGAGAGCUGACCAUCAAGGAAGGUGAUGAUCUCACUAUCCUGAAUCAGGACAUUGGUGAUGGAUGGUGGGAGGGGGAACUGGCGAAUGGAGUAACAGGUCUCUUCCCAGAGUCUUACGUAGAGCUGGUAAGUGGUGGUGGUGGUGCCACAAUGGGGGGUGUGGAAGACGAACAGUUCCAGGGCGCAGGGGAUAUUGAGGAACGUCAUGACAGUUUUGACCAGCCACCAUCGUACAACAACCAAAAGUGGGACGAGGAAGAGGAAUGGGAGACAGAACAAAGGGAGGAUGAUGGUGGGUAUGGUAUUGCUGCAGACCGUCAAAGUGCAUCACCUGCCACUAGUCAGACUGGAUCUGCCAUGACUAGGGCAGGCACUGUCAGGAAGAACAUCAACAGGUUCUCAUCGUUUGUGAAGACAGGCACGGAGACGUAUGUGCUCGGCAGGAUCACCAUCAAGGCCCCCAUCUCAGAAACAGAGAAGGUCAAGGUCGUCCUAACUGCUGAAGGCUCUCCAAUAUGGGAACCCAGCUCCGACCCAUUCACUAUUGAGAUACGAGACCCUGAAAGGAAAAAGAAAUAUCGUGGUAUCAAAAAGUUCACCGCUUACAGCAUCAUCCCCUCGAGUACAGGGAGGGCAGUGAGUAGGAGGUUCAAACACUAUGACUGGCUUCAUGACAGACUGUCUGAAAAGUUUACUGUCAACUGUGUACCUCCACUGCCUGACAAGCAGUUCUACGGUCGCUAUGGUGAGGACUUCAUAGAGAAAAGGCGAGAGAAGCUGCAGCGAUGGACCAACAGGAUAGCCAGACAUCCAGUUCUUUCCCGAUCAGAGGUUGUCACUCACUUCAUUCUCUGCGAUGAUGAAGGGGCCCAGUGGAAGGCUGGCAAGCGUCGGGCUGAGAAGGAUGAACUGAUAGCCGGGGCCUUCCUCACCACAAUAGAACUGCCCAACGUCACUGUUGAUGUCGGAGCAAAUGAGGCGAAGGUGGAGGCAUUUGGAGCCUUCAUGAGAAAGUUCAAGGUCAGUCUGACCAGUAUGAGAGUCAAGUUCAUAGACCACUGCAACCAGAUGUCAGGACCAUUUAUGGGAGAGUUCCACAAGAUGGCUGGUGUGAUCAACGGGCUAGCCACCACCUUCGCAAUGGAGGAUGAAGAAUAUGCGCGUAGUCUAACCGAGGCCAUUGGAUUCAGUGCAGACACUUAUCGUGACUUGGGCACCAUGCAUGCUGAGCAGCCUCGCAACGACAUGCUGCCUGUUCUGGAUGUGCUGAAGGAGUAUCUGGGACUCAUCUUUACCUACCCCGAUGUGGUGCAGAUCUACAAGGGGGCCUCAUCCAAGGUCAGAGACUGUGACAAGAUGAAGGAGGAGGGAAGAAUCGACAUAACUGAUGCCAGUGACAUAAGCGGUCGUGCUGAAACCAUUGCAGCAUCAAUCUUAGCUGAAGUCCACCACUUUCAACAUGAGAGAAUAGUGGACUUUAGAGAUAUGAUGAAAGCGUUUCUCAACGAACAGAUAACAUUCUACAGCGAGGUUGUCCGAAAGCUAGAAGUAGCAGUUCGUCGCUACGAUGAAGGAACAGAUUUAUAAUACCCCAGAUUAGUUGUGUUUAUGCAAGCUAGCUCUGUGUUUGUUUGAACAGAUGUAACCACAUGCCAGACCAUUUAUUUCUGUACAGACCAACCCUUGUGCUGUCAAUAAUGUGAUGUAGUGUUACCAAUACGAUUAUUUUGCUGUAAUUAUUAUGAGAUUGUAUACAUAUACUUCUAUUUUUACUAUAAAUAUACAUAAAUGAA